GCAGGUACUGUCAUUUCCUUCAUCAUCAACCCUCCACUCCUCAUUUCCUAUUUUCACCACCAACUAAAUCUUCGCUAAACCGUUUCAAAACCGAGAUGGAUCUUGCAGGCAAAGGCCAGUCACAGGAUUUGGAGGCUAAUGCCAGGUAUCGGACAAUAUGCUCAGAAGCACUUCUUCUACCCCCGGGAAAGCAAGCUGAAUACCUACUGGGCCUCGAUCGUGCAAACAUCGCCGAGCAGCCUAGCACAAUGUUUACCAAUGACAGGUCUACUGCCACCGCACCAGGAGAACGGCGUGUAGCCCUUUCUAUAGAAGAAACGCAAAAGCAUUAUUCCCCAGUCACUGCUUCGAACUCAACAGCUGGCUGCCAACAGACCCAUUACGGCUUUUCUACCUCCCCUAAACGCGCAGCAGACGACCAGUACUCCAACCCGCCAGCAAAACGACCGCAAUUAAUGGCGGUUACCCAAAGCAAGACACGCACUGCACCGAACAGUCAAAAGCCCCCCGACCAAGAGCCACGGGGUGCAGAUGCGAGUGACGUAGCGGAAACAUCAAAGGAACCAUACAGUUUAGCCGAACAAUAUAGGAGGAGUCGAGCUGUUUACCAGGAGAAUCCGAUGAGCAUCGACGCCGUCAUUGAGCAAAACAAGUCGGCUCCGAGGUGAAGGAUGUGUGGAUGGUAGAGAAAGCAGAUCGUCGACAACAAACAUAAUUUGAGCUUUCUCAUUAAGCUUCCUUGCCUCCAUGUCGACCUACUCGAACUGUUCUCCUCGUAUAGAUUCCAGCUGUCAUGAACCAUUCAGUGCAAUUGAAAAUGACGACGUUAUCUAGAUACUGGUAUGGCAGGGUUCCUGUCACUUUUCAAUGGGGCAGCAAGAGCGUCGAACAGAACUUAUUCAGGGAACUCGAGCAGCUGGGUUUG